AUCUUGCUCGCCGCGGAGGCCCUCGCUGGAGGAGGAGGGUCAGAGCUCGGGUGCAGCCAAUCGCGGGCAACGCUGCUAGUUAUCAGAGCAGAAUGGGCUGUAGUUUAGUGAAAUAGGAAAGCUGCAAAACACUGUGGAGUGUUCCCGUGUAAAUAAAGAGGAAAAAAAAGUUUCUCAAGUCGCCGCUGCACGACGUCGGGCCGGCGCCGGGGCGGGGGUCUGCGCUCUCCCGAGCGGCCGCGCGCUGGACUUUAUUGUGCCGCAACGAGCCCCCCGUCCCCAUUGUUUGUGGUGUUUUCAAAAUAUGGCAAAGGUUCAGGUGAACAAUGUAGUGGUGCUGGAUAACCCUUCUCCCUUCUACAACCCAUUCCAGUUCGAGAUCACCUUCGAGUGCAUCGAGGACCUGUCUGAAGACCUGGAAUGGAAAAUUAUCUAUGUGGGCUCUGCAGAAAGUGAAGAAUACGAUCAAGUUUUAGACUCUGUUUUAGUGGGCCCUGUUCCUGCAGGAAGGCAUAUGUUUGUAUUUCAGGCUGAUGCACCUAACCCGGGACUCAUCCCAGAUGCAGAUGCCGUAGGUGUAACAGUUGUGCUAAUUACGUGCACCUAUCGAGGUCAAGAGUUUAUUAGAGUUGGUUAUUAUGUAAAUAAUGAAUAUACCGAGACAGAAUUAAGGGAAAAUCCGCCAGUAAAACCAGACUUUUCUAAGCUUCAAAGGAAUAUUUUGGCAUCCAAUCCCAGAGUCACAAGAUUCCACAUUAAUUGGGAAGAUAACACAGAGAAACUGGAAGAUGCAGAGAGCAGUAAUCCAAAUCUACAGUCACUUCUUUCGACAGAUGCAUUACCUUCAGCAUCAAAGGGAUGGUCCACAUCAGAAAACUCACUAAAUGUCAUGUUAGAAUCCCACAUGGACUGCAUGUGACCACCUGCCAUCCCUUUAGUACAAAUUAAGCUAUAAAAACACACAGAACUAUUUCCCUGAAAUUCCGUAAGUACAUAGUCAAGAUGCAAUGUGAAGAAUUUGUUUAAAAAACAUCCUGUAGAAAGUUUAUAAGAAAACCAGUAUUUGAGCAAAUUGUGGAAUAUAAAUACAACUAUUU